UGAAAAGUAAUCAAUAAGUUAUAUAAAUUAUUUUAAAUGAUCUCAUUCUCAGAUCCAAUCGAGAUUUCGAAGUUUACAAUGGAAGAGGCCAAUUACCUCGGAAACAAUGUUUUUGCAUGAGAAAACAAAGAUCCAUGCUCAUUUGAUUCCUUCCAAAGGUAUAGAGGCAUUCAGGAAUACUCCUAUUUUGAUACUGAGCAAGACCUACCAUCUAAAUCUUCAACUUGCGAACCAAAGAGCCUCAAGAACUCUCAAGCCACAAGCAAGCAAAGAUCCUCAGACUCCACUUCUGUGGGUUCUUUGCCUAUUAAGUCCAGAAAAGGCCGCAAGCCUUGCUUGGUUGGCCUCUCCAAGAGAAACGAUAUCGUACUAAAGUCGCUGCUCAGGAAAGUAAGAAGGUUUCAUUGGAACCAGUUCAAAAAGACGACUGGCUUCACCACCAAACACAAGGCCUCAGUUGCUGCCCAGAGAAAGCAUCUAAAGCAGUAUGUAGAACUAGAGUUCGGAAUGGAGCCCAACCAACUAUUUGUGGAUACGCUUGACUCAGUACUAUUCAUGAAGGAGCCCAGGAACAAGACCAAUAACAUGUAUCAUAACUUGUUGUACAGUUACAGCAGUAGCAAGUUGCAGGCCUGAAUGAAAAAUUCGUACUUCAAGUGUCUGGUGUUACACUACUCAUUUGAAGUGGAUCCUAUCAAAGUGGACAGAGAUGCCAGAGAAGGCCUUGAGCUGAUUCUUCGUUCAUAACUGUAAACCAACAUCUAGAAAGGUGAACAUAUUAAGAUAAGUUAAUAAAGUUCAUAACAUAAUUGAUUGACAAAUAAAUUAAAAAAAGUAAACACCAUCUUUUUAUAAAAUAUUUGGGCUUUAAUCAGAAUAUAUUCGAAGAGUACCAUACUUAGCUUUAAAAUGUGGUCGAAUAAGUCUAGCUUAGGUAUUUCCUCUAUAAAUUUUGCAUGAUACAUGACUAAUUAUGGCAGUGUUUUUAGCCUUCGGAACAAGAAUUUUACAGUCACUCAUAUUACAUUCAAAAAUUUAGCUGACUGAGUUAUCAAUAGCCAAGCGGUUGCCCAAAAUUAACGUUCAUUAAAUUAUUUGGGAUAAAAUACAAAUAAAGAGCAUGGUUUAAGUUCAAUUAUUUUUAUAUAAUGUCGGUUUAUUAGAACUCAUGAGUUUGUUCUAUUAUUACCUAAAGAAAUUAUUCGAAAUUAUUUUGAGUAAAAUCCUCCUAUAAUGAAUCAGAGAGAAGGAUCCUAAAAGAAAGUGAGGACUCAAGUUAGAAGCCAAGGUACUAAAUUAAAUAAAAAUUGAACAUUGAGGGGCUAGCCAAAACACUCUCUAUUCUUUUUGGAUGGCCCAUUUUCAAUCCGUGAACUCGACUAAGAAUUUUCUCUGCAUACCAUAACAAGCUUAGUUGGAAAUAUUUUCAGAAAUUUUUCAAAAUAUGUCUUCAAAGACUGCAAACCCAGAAAAAGAGACUAUGUCUUUAUAUCUGCCUUUUGCCGAUUGGGUGAUAAUGGGCAUCCUAAAGGUUUUUUAUUAAGUUCAAAUAAAGAACUAUUACUAAAGUUAACUCUCUUUAUUCGAGAUGUUAGUUGCACUAAAAGAAAGAGUCUCCAGAGUAUUCUAUAAAUUCUCGCGACCAAAUGGAGUAUUUCUAGAAGUAAAAAUUAGGUAAAAUAUAUAUUUAAAGCUGUCAGAGGGUUCAAGCAGACACAAAUUCGGUCUUAUAAGGCUUCACUGUUCGGGAACUAUAAAAAAUUAAGAAUAGCAUGGUGACUUCUUGCUGACUUCGAAGCAGCCAGCAAUUACAUUUCGCCAAAAAAUUAUGAAGAAUUUUAAUAUUUUCCCAGU